AUGGCCAAAAAGCCAGCAACAGAUCACGGUACGACGACGACAGAGAUAGAGACCGGGACAGGGAAAGAGACAGAGACAGAGACAGAGAUGGGGGACGAGAUAGAGAUAGAGACCGCUACAGAGAUGAUAGGCACCGGGAUGACAGAAGAAGAGACUACCGCGACGAUAGACGCGAUGACCGACGCGAUGACCGUCGUCGUUCCCGGUCCCGAGACCGUCGACCGAGCUCUCCUCCCAAGCCAUCUGCAACCGAAGAAAAAUGAGAAAUUCAAAGCGAAACGUGCGAAGUUGCUAGCUUGGAAAAAAGAGCGCGAGGCUAAGAAAGCACUGGAUGAGGCGAAAGCGAAAGCUAUGGCGCUUGCUGGGAAGUCUGCACCAGUCCCUGCGACCGGAGUAAAGCCCACCGCGCUGAACCGUGCAGCACUCGGUGGCCUCGGACUCAAAGGGUUACCGCUCAAGCCGGAGUUCAACAAGGCUUCGACAAAGGGUGGGGCUGCUGCCGUUAUGGAUGAUGCCGUGGAGACAAAGAGGAAACUGGAAACACUCGGAGCCAUGCCAGCAGUAGACAUGACCAUGACCGAGGGGGAGCCCAGCGUCGGUGACUUGGAAGUCGAUGACGACGACGAAGAGGCAAACAGAAUCGACCAAGCCCUCAAAUCGAAGUCGAAGAAUACUAUGGAGGUUGACGAGGACGAUGAUGUCGACCCACUGGAUGCUUUCAUGAGUGGUGUCAAAGAAGAAGUCAAGAAGGUGAACUUGGAGGAUAUGCAGAAAAUUAUUGGCUCGACCAAUGGCAACUCUCGUAUACGCCUUGACGAGAGGAUGGCUGAGGAGGGUGCCGAGGACAUGGUCGACACAGUUGUUCCCGACGAGCUCGAUGCGACGGAAUUGAACCCUGAAGACAUUCUCGCAUUAGCCGCGAAGAAGGCCAAGAAGAAAGAGCUGGCAGCGACUGACCACUCGCGUGUGAAGUACGAGCCUUUCCGCAAGGAAUUUUACAUACCACCACCAGAGAUUGCUGAGAUGACAGACGAGGAAGCUGACCUAUUGCGACUGGAACUCGAUGGCAUAAAGAUUCGUGGCGUGGAAUGCCCUCGACCGGUGACCAAGUGGAGUCACUUUGGUAUGCCUGCUAACUGUCUAGAUGUGAUAAAGCGACUGAACUACACUUCUCCGACCUCAAUUCAGGCUCAAGCGAUUCCUGCUAUAAUGUCCGGCCGAGACGUCAUUGGCGUCGCCAAGACCGGUUCAGGAAAGACUAUCGCAUUCUUACUACCAAUGUUCCGACAUAUCAAGGAUCAAAGGCCUCUAGAGCAAAUGGAGGGCCCCGUGGCUAUCGUCAUGACUCCUACCCGUGAACUUGCUGUUCAAAUCCAUCGAGAAUGCAAGCCCUUCCUCAAAGUUCUGAAUCUCCGAGCCGUCUGCGCAUACGGUGGUUCUCCGAUCAAGGACCAAAUUGCCGAGCUGAAGAAGGGCGCGGAGAUCAUUGUUUGCACUCCUGGUCGAAUGAUCGAUCUGCUGACUGCUAAUUCAGGGCGUGUCACCAAUCUCAAGCGCGUCACCUACGUCGUUUUGGACGAAGCCGAUCGUAUGUUCGACAUGGGUUUCGAGCCUCAGGUUAUGAAGAUCGUUAACAAUAUACGACCUGAACGUCAGACGGUCCUCUUUUCUGCAACAUUCCCGAAACAAAUGGAUUCAUUAGCGCGGAAGAUCUUGAGGAAGCCCUUGGAAAUCACCGUAGGCGGUAGAUCGGUGGUUGCGGCCGAAAUUGAGCAGGUGGUGGAGGUACGCGACGAAGAUACGAAGUUCAAUCGUCUUCUCGAAAUUCUUGGACAAAUGUACAACGAGGACCCGGAGUGCAGGACCCUCGUUUUUGUCGAUCGACAGGAGGCCGCCGAUAAUCUACUACGCGAACUUAUGCGGAAGGGAUACCUGUGCAUGUCCUUGCAUGGUGGAAAGGAUCAGAUUGACCGCGAUUCGACAAUUGCCGACUUCAAGGCUGGCGUUGUUCCUAUCGUCAUUGCUACUUCAGUCGCCGCCAGGGGUCUGGAUGUGAAACAAUUGAAGUUGGUAAUUAAUUACGACGCGCCCAAUCAUAUGGAGGACUACGUGCAUCGGGCUGGCCGUACUGGGCGUGCAGGCAACAAGGGAACAUGUGUCACCUUCAUCACUCCCGAGCAAGAUCGGUACUCUGUCGACAUAUACCGCGCCCUAAAGGCGAGCAAUGCUGCAAUGCCCAAAGAACUCGAAGACUUGGCAAAUGGUUUCCUCGAUAAGGUCAAGGCAGGCAAGGCGCAAGCUGCUGGAUCUGGAUUCGGAGGGAAGGGCCUGGAUCGACUUGACAAGGAGAGAGACGCAAAGGAGAAAGCAGAGCGCAAGGCGUAUGGCGAACCCGGUGUUACCGAGGAGGAGAAGGCACCUGCUGCAGUUGAAGAAACCACGAAGGCAACUACAUCGGCAGACGAUAUGACCUUUGGUACAUUCAAGGUUGAGAUCAAGCGUGGCCCUGCACCGGAUUCAUCGAAGGGCCUUCUGGGAGUCGGUGGCGCUGUGGCUGCAGUCAGACGACUCGCGCACGCCAAAGAGGAAGAAAGGAUCCAAGCUCAAGUGCGUGCCGCCGAGGAGGCUGCUGCCCGUGCUGGAAAGGAUACACCAGCGCAUAAGCAAGCUUUGAGCGUGGUUGCCAAACUGAACGCUCAAUUACGGGCAUCCAAACUCGUUUUGCAGUCGCAACUCCAGGCCGAGGAGGCCCCAGGCAGAAAGAUAACCACAACCGAAACCUCGUCCACAGACUUCCACGCCAUUAUUCCGAUCAACGAUUAUCCUCAGAAAGCUAGGUGGCGGGUCACCAAUAAAGAAACUAUGGUCCAACUUAUUGACAUCACCGGUGCCUCUGUCACUAACAAAGGUAUCUACUAUGAGAAUGGCAAGGAGCCUCCUCCAGAAGGACCACCGAAGCUUCAUCUGCUUGUGGAAUCCCAUGAGGAGUGGAGAGUUGAACAAGCCGUGCGGGAGAUUAAACGACUUCUCAUCGAGGCCUCAGCUGCCGCCCUUCAAGCAGAAAUGCGCAAUCCGAGCGGAACAAUAGGCCGAUACAGCGUUCUAUAG